GGUAAUUUGCCUCUCAUUUUAUUGCUCCAUUCAGAAAAUGAAACACUAACAUUUGUUAUAGAUACUUCACAUCAUACUGUGAAUAUCAAGGAAGCAAAUGAUUGCAUCAGUUGCUAAGUGAGUGCACCACAAGUUUUAGAAACUUCAAAACUAUCUUAUGAACCCUGUCACCCAUAAUAGAAGUGAUAAAAAUGUAAUACAUGGGCACGGAAAUAAUAAUACCAAAGAGAACUUAACAUUUAUUGAGCCCCUAGGACCUCCUAAACACUGUGUUGAGGGGCUUAUCUCAUUUAAUCCUCAGAGUAACCCUAUAAGCAGUAUAAUUAUCCUUGUGUUACAGAUAAAGAAAUUGAGGUUCAGCGAUGUUAAAUGAUUUCCUCAUACCACUAGUAGUGGCAGAGUCAAGAUUCUAGUUGGAGCAGUUAGAUGCCAGAGUUCUUCCUCAUAAAAAGCCAACAGAAUAUUUGGUGAGGAUAUUUCAGAGACCCCCCAACUGAUGAGCUGGACCAAAACCACAAAAAAAGAAAAGAUGUGGAGUGGGCUGCUACCUCCUGGCCUAAAUGAAAGUGAUGUUGAGUCCAACUCUGAAGACGAAGCUACAUUGGAGAACUCUGGACUUAACUUACAGGAAGAUAAAGAGGAUGGGAGCAUCAGUAAAACAGAAAUCACAGGUUUCUCAACAGAUGAACCAAAAACUGAAAUGGAGUCAAAUGUAAAUGCCUAUGAAGAGUGUCCUUCUGGAAUUCCCAUAGAUAUGUGGAAUAAAUUUCAAGAAUUGCAUAAAAAACAUUCUGAACAGAAAAACACAACCUCAAGAUUCAGAGGGAAAAAAAGAAAACGCUCCAGAAAAGAUAAAUUGAAGAAUGAGAAAGAAUCUCAUAGUGAACAGUCCUCAAAUGAAACCCAGUGGAAGGAGCUUACACAGUAUUUUGGAGUCAAUGAUAGAUUUGACCCUCCUGUUAAAAGGAAAAAAGUUGAGAAGUCAGGCCUUGAAAAGAGGAUAGACCAGGCUGUGGAUGAGUGGAAUAUUGAGAAGGCUGAGGAACUUAGCAACCACCUAGCUACUCGAGAGCUUGGUGUCAAAAUUGCCAAAGCAGUUGCCUGCCACAACUUUGUAAAAGCCAAAAAGGAGGUUGAAAAUUCACAGGCUGCCCGAAAAAAGAAGAAACUCGCAUGGGGAUUUGAAGCAAAGAAGAGAUGGGAAACCAAAAGCAACAUGGGAUAUAUGUAACUUGCCAGAGUGCUUCAAGACAUUUGUACUCAAAUGCUCAAUUUACUGAGAACAUUUUCCUGCUUAUGUUAAAUAUGUCAGAAAAUUGAUAGAACUAGAACACAAAUAAGCAUAAAAUUUGGGAUUUUGAUUAUCAGCUCUUUUCAAUCUUUCUCUAAGGACUUUGUCAUAUUGCAGUGAAUAAAAUGAAGCAUUCUGUUAUUUAUAUAAGAAAUGUAAGAAAAAAUAUAGAAAGGAAAGGAUAGGAUUUUGUUUAUUUAUUUGUAUGGACCCACAGUAUAAAAUCAGUUUUGCUGCUUUUCAUUCAUUUGGUUUAGUAUAGCCAGUGAGCUUCUCAUACUUUCUUCUUAUUUUGAGACAGUCUCACUCGCUCUGUCAUCUAGGCUAGAGUACGGUAGCUUGAUCUUGGCUCACUGCAACUACUGCCUACGGGUUCAAGUGAGUCUCAUGUCUCAGCCUCCUGAGUAGCUGGGAUUACGAGUGAACGCCACUACGCCCAACUGAUUUCUUUUUGUAUUUUUAGUAGAGAUGGGGUUUUGCCAUGUUGGUUAGGCUGGUCUUCGUCUCCUGGCUGACCUCAUAUGAUCCACCUGCCUCGGCCUCCCAAAGUGUUGGGAUUACAGGCAUGAGCGACCAUGCCGGCCUUGUAUUUUCUUAUCUGUACGCAGUGUAACUACAUGUUUACUGGAACUGUGUUUUUAAGAUUGACAAUUGUUUAUAAUGGAUUAGUCUAAAUGCCAAAAAGUCUCAGUUGAUACUAUCUUUACAAAUGACUUGACCUUAAUGUUAUAAAAGUAGUUACUGAUUUUUUAUUGGAGGCAGACUUGAUAUUUCAGAAUUGUAUAGUAAAAGCAAUUUAUUAAUUUUGGUGUACUUUCAGAUAAACUUACAAUAAAGAAAGGGCCAAAUGUAGUAUUUGGAAGAUGACUUAAAUUCAACAAUGCCUAAAAAUUUCUUCCUAAGUAUCUUUCUUAGCCAUGUCAUUCUUUAAAUUAUGAAAUGGUUCUUAAUGGUGUAAGUGUAUUAGACAAUUAUAACUCCAGAUAAUAUAACUCUGAACGUUCUAAGAACUGGUUUGUUUUGGUUUUCCUCCCAUUCCCCAUUCCUCCUUAAAAGAUUGAAUGAAUUAAUGAGCAGAAAGAAAGGAUUGGUAACAUGGGAAGUUGUUUUCAUUAGAUGUGCAUUUCCUGAUUCUAACAGGAAAGGGGCUCAGGGAAAUCAUAAAACAAGUGGGCGAACAAGACCAGAAUUGGGUGUGUUGGCACCUCCCUGCUCAGUGCCCGGCAGAGGUAAAGAACCACUCAACUUGGUUUUUUUCUCUUUGGUCUUUGUCAGAGGUUUCCUGGCUGUCUGCUAUAAACUUUCUCUCGGUUGAUAAUAUAAAUUCAGAAACAUAUAAAAUGAAUCAUGAUUAUAAUUAUAUAAUUGUUAUUUUUAGACUUAAAAUAGUAACACAUUUUUUUUUUUUAAUUUAUGGUGGCACAUUUGAAGUUUUUUUUCCUAUGUUCUGGAAUAAAAGAAUGCCUAGCUCAUAUUUAAGCGUCAAGAAAUCAUAUCUUACUUUCAUUUAGUUGAGAAAAGCCAGCAUAGAGAAAGCAACAUUUUAGAAGACUAUGUGUCAUAUUAAUUCGGUAUCCAGACCAAAUGUUGGAAAAUCUUGUUUUAUGAUUUAAUAUCCCUUGUUCCAUUUUACAGAUACGAUCAGAUAAAACUCACCUACAAUAUUCAUUUCAAACUGCUAAUAGGUAAAUAUAGACUUUUAGUGUAGAAACCUUUCCUCUAAAAAUCUAUUAAGGGGGAAAUAUUCACUAUACAAUCCAGUGGUUUUGUCUGAAAUCCUAAAAAUAUUAUUUUUGAGCAGGUGAGUAGUAUAGAUAUUCUCACACAUGGGGCCCCAAUACGGGCAUUUCCCUUUGACUUGUGUCUCUUUUUCCUCUCUCUGUUUCUAUGCCAUAGAGCAUUUAGUGACCCCUGCAGGCAUAUUGCACUUCCCAUACUGAGGCCUUGCCAGAGUGGCCUCCUGUAGGCUGACUCUCCAGCCAUGGAAGCCCUUCUUCAGCUUCCUGCAGUGCCCACAGUUGGCCCCUCAGCGCCCCCUCGGGGUUCUCAUGUAGAUGGGAACAUUUUAACUCAGUGGAAGGCAGGUAUUGCUGCAAAAUUAAGUGUAGUGGGGGCUUAUUUAAUAAGGGAAGCCACGUCUCCCAAGUUGUCACUCUUUUCGGGGCAUGGGUUGUGGAAAGCUCUAAAACAUGAUGUAUAGCUGGAGAAGGGGUUGGAGGGAAGGAUGUGUGAGGACAGGUUGUUGUCGGUUGGACCUGCCGACAUGUCAUUUGAGAGCAGUUUUAUUUGAUCCUUUCUAGUAGGAAUUAGGCAUUUUACUCAUAGGAACAUUAUUCCUAGAGUACACGUGCUGCUCAAAGGAUGUAGUUACUUGUCCACUCCAUUCUAGUCACAGAAAAAUAAGAAUUCUUUUUGGAUCCCCAGUAAUAACUUUGGUUCCUAAAGCUUCAGCAUGUGCAUUUUCUACCACCAGAAUACCUGAGUUAGAUCAGUAAUGUAAAUGUCAGUUAUUGUUAACUGAAAUUAACAUGUUUCAGGCCAUUGGUAUGGCAUUAAUGUAACUAUGAUUUACUGUUUAAGUACUUUAGGCUAAAACAACUUACUAAAGAAUGGCAAUUUUGAGCUUACAGUACCAGUUCUGAGAAGUGAAGUUGGCAGUGCAUUCUUGUUUGGGUGCCCUGAGGAUGUUUCUGAUUUUCAGCAGAGCGUUCUCUGUCUUUCACCAAAAGGAGAGUUUGAAUAUGUAAUCUUAGGUUUGCUAUAAUUAGUUCUGAUGACAGAAUUGAAUACCUCAGCCAAGACUGUAAAUCAGUACGUAAACAGGUUUCUGCAACUGAUCAUAAAUCUCAAACUCCAUAUUUUAAACACACUUAUUUUUUUAGGCUGACAGAUAAGGGAGCAGCAGGCUAACAAUAGGAAUAAAAUGUUAUCUGAAUAAGUCACAAUGUAGAACUCACAUUAAAGUUUUCUGAUUUUCUUUAUACCUUUUGUCUAAAGUAUUAUCUUUUAACUAUUAGCUUAUUAAUAACUUAAAUAAGGCAAGUUUGAAUUCUCAGAAAAUGAAGAUACAAUUUAUAAAAUGUCCACAUUUUUGGUAAGACAUUACUUUUUAAGCAAUGUAUGUCUUGGUAAAUAUAAAACAUAUUGUAUGAGGUUGUUGUUUAUACAAAGUGAGAGUUGUACAUUGUUUUUUAAGAGAUGACAAAGUGAGGAGGCAAGGCGAUGUUAUGUCAGAUCUCAUUUUGAAGUUAGUGAAACCUAGUCUAAUCCAGAACCAACUGAAUCCAAGUUUUCCAUUUUGGCAGAAGUUGUUUUUAUUUUUAGUAUCUGGCAGAGCAACAAAUGCUUUGCAUGUCAAUUUAAUAUUUUUCCUGCCAACUGUUUAUUCAUUGGCUUAAAAUUUACACUCUACUAAAGUCUUAGCUCUGACUUUCAUGAAACAAAUAGUAAUAUUUGGACAAAAUAUGUACAUGAAAAUCUUUUUCCAGAACCAAAUGUAGAUUGGUAUUUGUGACAUCAAUGGCUUCUAGCAUGGUGACAGAUCUGAAAAUACACUGAAAAGUGAAAGGCCAAACCCACUGCAGUACAUCUCAAGUGAUUUUUAUUAUGAGGUAAUCAGAGAUCUGGGUUUUCAGAUUUAAGUUAGUGGGUGACUUUAUGCUAGAAAGUAGAAUAUGUGUUAGAAUAAGUUUACCAAUAUAUAUUUGUUCUUGGCCUUUCUAGGAGGAUACUGAGACAAUAAGAUCCAUUUUUCAUUUUUGAGGUUGGGGCACUGUAGAUUUUGAUAACAUGUGCGGAACUGCAUUCUUUAUUAUUUUAUCCUCCCUCCACACUGCUUGCCUUAAAAGAAAAAAAAACCUACACACAUUUCCUAGUGUUACUGCUGUAAUCAGCAUAGACUUCCUGGGAAGUGAUUCUUGCCUUCAGUAAAGGGCACGGCAGCAUGUGGCCGAUGGAGAUUGCCAUGAGGAAACUUGGAAAGGCAUCGAACCAUUUUGUGCUAGUGUUAAAGUGAAGUGUGUUGUCUCUUCAGUAUCUCCACCUCCUCCAUUGUGAGUAUUCUGGAGGUGUCUGUUCACUUUCCCAGAAUUUCUUCAAAUACAGCGAUGCUUCAGAGUAGCUUCUUGCCACAUUAGCUUUCUUAAUCUGAAUCCCUGGAACACAGCUAUAGGCUUCUGGGGGAUAGGUUAUUAAAUGCCAUGCAGUGUAUUAUGUUUUUAGAUGUGCAUGUAAAAUUAAGAAUUAGCUAAGGAAUAAUUAUCUUUUUAUUAUUAUUAUUAUUAGUAGUAACAUUUUUAGAUUCAAGUAAAGUUUGUUUUCCAAGCAAGAUGACAUUUUUAAGAAAUUGAAUUUAAGUAUGUGCUUUUAUAUCUAGACCAGGUUUCUCAAGGAAACAGAAUACAAGGGAGUGAAAGGGGAAGGGAGGGUAGUGCCCAAGAGCUGCCUCGGCUCCUAAGUGCUCCCCUGCCAGGUUUCCCCCAUGCCUACCCACUGGCACCGUCCUGGCAGCUCCAGCCCACACCUCCUCCUGGGCCCUGGGCUGCCUCUUGCUGAACAGCUGCAGGGGGCCUGCUAUGUGACGGGAAUGGAAUGAGGUCAUCUUUUUCCACCUCUAAUUUCUGAAGGGUGUGUCUGUCCAGUUUUUACUUGUUCAUUGAACUUAAAGCCUUAGAAACCAACAGCUACAGUACAAGCUGUAAUUAUUGAUAUCUGUUUCAUAUUCAUCUGUAAGUUCUGGCAUUUGAUCAAGAAGUUAAUAUAUCACUUCAUCUUCAGGCUGAAUGUGUCUCAGCUAUAAAGGUUUUAUUGUUCGAUGGAUAGCAUACAAUUAUGACUGCCGACAAUAAAAAGUGUUUUCAUUUGUAA